AUGAACGAGAGCGGUACUACGAGUACUCUCAAAAACCACUUCCGCUCCUCCAAACGGGGAACCGGACACGUACUUGCAAAGAGCACAAAGACUGUUAUCGCAUCUGUCAAGGAUACGGAACCACCACAACAAAACACUAAAAAACGCGGGAACGCUGGUCCAGAGUCUAAUACCACCAAGAGUCAAAAUAAAAAACCAAAGCUCGAGACUGAUAAAGACAAAAAUGAGGCCACAGACAAGUCACUUCGUCGUUCUGGCGAGUUUUUAAGAUUGCCUUCAACUUACGAAACAUUAGAGAAAAUAUUCCAAGCUCUAGAAACUGUAAUGAUGUUUGUGAAGUCAAAAAAUGAGAUUUGUAUCUUUCAUAAAAUCAAGAAAAGUGUUGAAGGACUUUGUAGAAGGACAUUUGAUUUGACUCGGCUGGCGCAAAUAAUAUCAGUCUAUCCCGAAGCUUACACGUACAAGCCCAUCCGACAUUUUCACCAAGACAAAUUUGUGCUCUCAUAUGUUAUCGAUUUCAAUACCAUCGCUACUUCUGAAUCCUCAUCAAAGGCCUCGUCAUCUGCGUUUAUGGUCAGCACGCGAGAGCGGAAGAAAGUCUUUCGGAAUCGAUUGAUUGAAUUGGUGAAACUAGAACAAACGAAAUUUUUGAAGCGGCAAAACAUCAAAGAAGAAAAGACAGAGGCAAUUCGUCUAUGGCAUCCGGAAUUCGUUCUUAACAGCGCUCCGGAAAUUGUGCCCGUAAGGUUGCCGCAGAUUGAUAUUACGACCAACGAUCUUACCAAUGCUACCAAACAAGCAAGUUCAAUCACUGCAAAACAUAGUAUUACACCUGUAAUAAAUAAGAGUACUCUUCCACCCAUCCCUUCUAAACCAAGUGGGGACACUAAAGCCAGAGAGAAGGCCAUAUUGGACCGAAUACGCGAAAAAGAGAGACAAGCAGCUCAGAGGAAGGACGCGACAACUUUGCCUAUAGACAAGCAGAAGAGGUUGAUGCUGAGUCGUUUGCCUGACAUGAUUAACACAAUAUCAUAUCUGUUUACAUCGUCUGAUAAAGAUGUAAUGGUGUUGCAUAGAGUAGCUGAAAUAGUUUCGGACAGCUAUAGUAGAAAACUCAUAAUCUCCAAAGCUGAGGCUGAAGAUCACAUAAGAUUGGUCAGCACCUGUCUCCCUGACUGGUGUACAGUAUUUCCAGUACAAAACAAGGGCACGUUUGUGAAAAUAAAGAGAUCAAUCCCUAUGACAGAAGUGAAAAGUAAAUUGGCAGAAUGUCUCAAGAAAGAAGGUGUUCGAGAAUAA